AUACAUUUUGAUAUUAGAAUAUUUUUAGCAUGCAGAUAUCCCAAGCCUGAGAUGGUCAUUGUGAAGCAUGCGGAGGAGGUAUCAUCAGCAGAGACCCCUGAUAGUUUUGAAAAAUUGGAAGCUCAACCUCCCACCCCAGGACAACUGAGAUAUGUAUUCAUCCACAAUGCGAUACCUUUCGUAGGGUUUGGCUUUUUGGAUAAUGCAAUUAUGAUUGUCGCAGGAACACAUAUCGAGUUGUCUAUUGGAAUUAUUUUUGGAAUUUCAACUAUGGCAGCUGCUGCUUUGGGGAAUCUUGUGUCAGAUUUAGCUGGACUUGGACUUGCAGGUUAUGUUGAAGCUUUGGCUUCCAGAUUAGGCCUAUCAAUUCCUGAUCUUACACCAAAACAAGUUGACAUGUGGCAAACACGUGUUAGCACACAUUUGGGCAAAGCUGUCGGGGUGACGAUUGGCUGCAUUCUAGGAAUGUUUCCUUUGAUUUUCUUUGGAGGAGGUGAAGAAGAUGAAAAACUGGAAAAGAAAAAUUAACCCUCUUAGACUACAUAUAAAAAAGAUGUAAACUAAUGUACCUCAGUUAUGAAAUAUGCUGUCACAACAUUUAGGAAUUAAGACAGUAACAGUGUAUAGAUAUGGGAUCAAAUAAUUCAGCAUGUAUUAUGGAAAACACUAACUUAUUGUGGCUUGGUUUUCUUAUGACUUUUUUUUAAAGAACUAGUAACAUUUUAUGUAAAUUGUUGCAAUGCUUUUUCAUCGAUGGCAGUCAACAUUUUAUCUUUUCCUUCUCUUUCUGUAUCAAAAUAUUAUUUAAGUUCCAGUCAUUGCUGUACUGUACUGACUUGGGGUUUGCUUGUUUGGUACUUACCCGUGUGACAUGCAUGAAAACAUUUUUUUGUUGCUGUUGUUGCUGUCUUGCUGUUCCCUGAUAGUUAUAAUCCAAUCAUGCGGUUUCCUCAAUUAUUUAGGAUGUCCAAUAUCUUUUUUCUCUCUCUUUGUGAUAACACCAAUUUUAUAGUGUUUCACAGUAAACAUUUACAGUCAUAUAAUCUGUUAUUUUCUUAAUUCUUACAUCAAUGGAUACAGAUUUCAAGUGUUUUAUGUAUGUAAUAGUUUAAUUUCCUGACCAUUUUGUUUUAAGAGCCAGAGACUAAUCAGAAAGAGCAAUUAUGUAGUCUCCUUACAUAAAACCAUAUAUACUAAGUGUACUUAUUUCUAUUUGAUUUUUUUUUAACCUUUAGUUUCUUUGAAUAAUUACACGAUGGAUUCUGACUCCUGAGGGAAAGAAAGUUUUUAAUAGUCUUUUACAAUAGAGAUAGUAGAAUUAGGGUAAAUUUAAAAAUAUGGCAUAAAGGUUGGAUAUUAAAAGAGUAAAGUAGUUGGGCACAGUGGCUCAUGCCUGCAGUGCCCAGCUAGUUGGGAAGUGGAGAUUUGGGAGUAUUGCAGUUUGCAGUCAGCUUAGAUAAAAGCGUUGUUGAGUCAUCACGACAAAUUAAGCCAGGUAUGGUUAUUCAUGCCUGUAAAAAUCUCAGUUAUUGGGGAAGUCUAGGUCCAAGGCUGACUAGGGCAAAAACAGGAGACUCCUAUUUGAAAAAUAACCUAAAGCAAAAAGGGCUCAAGUGUUAAAGCACUUGCCUAGCAAGUCUGAGGCCCUGAAUACUGCCAAAAAACUAACAAAACUAAAAGACUUCUUUUUGAGAAGUAGAAAAUGGAAGCUUUUUAGUGUAAAGUUGGAGUGUUGUUUGCAAGAAUAAUGAUAUGCAAAUCAUAUUGUUGAAUUUUCCCUAAAAAGUGUUAUCUGCUAGAAUGACUGAAUAUUCCAUACUCAUGAUCUUAAAUUUUAUUAUGUCGUCUUUAAUGAAUUUUAUUUCUGUAUAAUUUCUUCUGAAGUAAAAAAUAAAUAUUUUUGCUAUAUAAUCUAGUCAAAAGUUACAAAAGGAGAAAUCUUUACUCCAACUUUUGGCCUUUUUUCUUAUGGUGUUUAAAGCAAGUUGCUCAUUUCCAAUCUUGUAUCUCCAAAAGUAUACUGAUGUAUGAAUCAUAAAUUUCAGGUGUUGAACCCCCUUCAGUACAUGCUAAACUUAAUACUUUUUCUUGUAACAGGUUAAACACACCAUGAAAAAACUGAAAUUAAAAUGUACUCCUUUGGUUUUUGAAAUUACUUGUAUUUCUAAGUAGAUGCAAGAGAAAGGCACAUUUGUAAUUGGCUGCAGACUUGUAGGCUGACUCCAGAGCUUGGCUGUUGUGAACAGUGCUUCUUAAACAUGGAUGUACAGAUAUUGUAUGCUGACUUAGAUUCCUUCAGGUGUAUUCCCAGGAGUGUGACAGCUGGAUCAUACAGUAGUUCUAGUUACAUAAUUUUGAGGAACUUCCAUACUGAUUUCCAUAGUAGCUGCGCUAAUUUACACUCCUACCAACAGUGUGCAAGGGUUCUUUUCUUCCCCUCAUCCUCAAAAGAGGAAAAUUCUCUUUUUCAAACUGCAGAAUGAGUUAGUGCUAGUCAUUAAUAAUAGAUUUUAAGGGGGAAAAAUAUAUAUGGUAUAAAUACUACUACACCCAAAUCUUUGUCAAAUAUUGUGACAUUGCCAUUUGAUCAAACUUUGAUUAUAUAAAGCAUAAUUCUGUUGUGUGUCUUUCACAUAGCAUCACAGAAACCCAAAAGAAAUUUCAAUUGAUAGGAUAAGAGAUCUUACUUAACUUUUUCUUGUAAAUUGUCAGUGCUUUUCUCCCUAAUUUAUUUAUCCAUGGCUGUUCUUUUUUGCUUUUUUAAAAAAAGUAUUGUAUUGUGGUGCUUGGCUCUUCUUCUUACUAAUUAAAUAUAACCAGAAACUUAUUUUGUAAUUUUAGAAAGGACUUUGGAUUACUGGUUUCAAUUUUUAGCUCUUAAAAAUAAUCCAGUCUCCUGUGUGCUGGUGGCUCAUGUCUGUAUUCCUAGCUUCUCAAGAGGCUUAAA